CUUCCUCUCUCGUCUCGACUCUCCUCCACGCUCCACACAGCCGUUGCCCCCGCGUCGUUGCGUUGCGUGCGGCCGUCGGGGAUGGCGACGAGCGGCGCGGCGGCACGUCCUCCAGUGGCCACCACCCUCUCCGCGCGCCGUGGCACGGCUCCCUCCGCCACCGCCGCCGCCGCCUCCUGCCCCGCGUCGUCGGCGCGGCGCACUACCUGGAGGCCGCGGGCGAGGCUCUCCUCGGGGAACGCGGCGCGGGCGCGGGCGCGGCUGCUGCGUGUCGAGGCCUCCUCCAUGGCCGACCCGGUCGAGGAGAGCCUCCCCGCGGCGCCGCACACGGCCACGGAUGCUCCGUUGGAGACUCAGCCCCAGGUGCGCACCAGCAUGUGGAAUUGGAAGGGCUACAACAUUCGGUACCAGUACGCGGGAACUUCUGGCCCUGCAUUGGUUCUAAUUCAUGGUUUCGGAGCAAACAGUGACCAUUGGCGGAAAAAUAUUCCUGUUCUUGCUCUGAAAAACAGAGUAUAUGCAAUUGAUCUUAUUGGUUAUGGCUAUUCUGAUAAGCCUAAUCCACGUGAGCUUGGUGAGAGCUUUUAUACUUUUGAGACAUGGGGAGAACAGCUGAAUACGUUUUGUGCUGAAGUUAUUAAGAGCGAAGCUUUCUUCAUAUGCAAUUCAAUUGGAGGGCUUGUUGGUCUACAGGCAGCUGCUAUGGAACCACAGAAGUGCAAGGGUAUCUUUUUAUUGAAUAUUUCAUUGAGGAUGCUUCAUAUCAGUAAGCAGCCAUGGUUUGGAAGGCCUUUCAUCAAAUCAUUCCAAAGUCUGCUACGGAAUACUGUUAUUGGGAAGCUGUUCUUCAGCGCUGUUGCUACACCAGAAUCUGUGAAAAAUAUUCUCUGUCAGUGCUACCAUGACACAUCCGCAGUGACAGAUGAGCUAGUUCAGUUUAUUCUGCAGCCAGGGCUUGACCCUGGUGCUGUGGAUGUAUUCCUUGAGUUCAUCUGCUACUCAGGAGGUCCUCUACCUGAAGAAUUACUUCCCAGAGUGAAGUGUCCAGUUUUGGUAGCUUGGGGUGAGAAGGACCCAUGGGAGCCUGUGGAGCUUGGAAGAGCUUACGCAUCUUUUGAUACUGUUGAAGAUUUUGUUGUCUUGCCAAAUGUUGGACACUGCCCACAGGAUGAAGCACCUGACCUUGUAAAUCCACUUGUCGAAUCAUUUGUUACACGCCAUAGUUAGCACAUGGCUGGGGCUGCUUUCUCUUUGUAUUAAAGCCCCUGACCCACUAAAAUCUGGUUUGCUGGAAAACGGGAACAACUAUUUUAUCUCAGGAUACCAGAUGGUCCCUUCUUUGUAGGCCAUGUACUUGCAUUUGAGUAUUGGUGAUAACACACCUGACUGAUUGAAUUUCAAGGGAUGACGAAGGAAUCUGACUUAUUGGAGGGAACAAAGAACCUGUCUUCUCAAAGCAGAGGGGUUAGUACCAGCAGCAUGGAGGUUUUAUUCUGUUUUUAAGUUAUAACGAAAAUAAUGGCAAGUUCAUAAAUGUGAAAUUUCCACUAUUCUCUCUGCAAUCAUUCUUACUUGUAAUCUGACAGUAUGUAUAUAUAUGCCACUAGUAUUAGCAGUCCCCUCAGUAAAUUAAUUCUCUUAUGGCCA